AUGGCUGACACCGAUGGCGCUUCCAUGAGCAUCGACGAGAUCAACGAGGAGUUGACCAUUCAAAAGGUCAUCCUCGACUCGCUCUCCGACCAAGAUCUCGAAACUGGUGAGGAAAUGAGAGAAGAUGCCCGCCAGGAGAUUGCUCGACUAAAGAAGCUCCUCCACGCCGCCAAGAAGAAGCAGCAGCCGCAAGAGUCUACGCCUCAAUAUCGAAAGCCUGAGAAUCGCCAAGCCAUGUACACACCCUCAAGAAACAACCAGAGCUUCAGCGAGCUCGGAUCAUACUCGUUGCCUAACCGGAAACGAGGUGUUGAUUCCGCUCGUCUCUCUACUCAUGGAACACAGCCCAAGACACGCAGGAUGUCUCCGAUGCCGCCUGGAGACCCCUUUUCUACCGCUCCAGCUCCAAUGGACUUUAGCCAAAUAGACUUCAUCGACCUUACUGGGGACGACGACGAUAUCGGCUCUGAAAUCGUUGCUCAGCAAAUCAAGGCUGAGAGGCAACGAGACCAGGAAAAGGCAGACCUGGAGUAUGCGCUGAUGCUCUCCCAAGGAUCUCCAGGCCAAGCUUCGACUAACUUGUCUCCUCCUAACAACGCUUUCACAAGAAUCAUGAACAGCCAGCCACCCGCUGCCAGCUCACAGGGCUUUGACUUCGACUUUAUACCAAAAGUUGAGGAUCCCGGCCUCUUCAUCCCGGGUGCAUAUGAUGCGAGCUGGGAUGAUCCGUUUGCCUCAGGGCCCUCAACCAGCUCCACUGCGAGAAGCAAUGGAGUUCACAGCUCAGCAGGAACCGGCCCCCCGAACACGCCUUAUGGGAACGUCCAAGGAGGUCGACCUAUUAAGAAUGAGUCGGCACAUAUGGCAGACUUCGCUAAUAGUGUUGCGAUGGCUGAAGCUGCCCGUCUCGGUCUAAGUGUCCCCCAACCCGGGUUUCUUGGCUUUGGACACCCCAACGGCAGUUAUUCUAAUGGAAUUCCACACCGUGGCGCCCCCUUUUCCGGUAUUCCAAAUGUUCCCGGUCCGUCCUCGGGGCAUGCGUCGUCCCUUGCUGAUAUCAUCACCAAAACGAACAUGUUCGACUACACCAGCGGCAUGGAUGCCUACGGGAACCCAUUGCCGGAGCGACUCUCGGAUUUUAUCCAAGAUGCCUAUCAUGACCCCAGAAUGACUGAAAAGGACCUGGACAAUCUCCUCCAGAACAUUCGACCUGACAUGGACAUCCCGGAGAUGAAUCGCGACGGUACACCGGCUGGAUUGAAGAGACCACUGUACCCCCAUCAGGAGCUCGCUCUCACCUGGAUGAAGAAGAUGGAGCAGGGUUCGAACAAAGGCGGCAUUCUUGCUGACGACAUGGGUCUGGGAAAGACCAUCUCAACCCUUGCGCUGCUUCUGUCUCGCCCAGCAACCACUCGCCCCAAGACAACCUUGAUCGUCGGACCUGUGGCACUCAUUCGGCAGUGGGAGGAAGAGAUCGCCACCAAAACGAAACUAUCCCAUCGCCUUUCGGUCUUUGUGUACCACAACCGCAAGACUACAACUGACGAGCUGCUCAAGUACGACGUGGUCUUGACUACUUAUGGUACAGUUGCGCAGGAACUCAAGAAACUUGACAAGUACAUGGAGGACAACCGUGGUCGAAACAUUGACAUGAACGACAAGACCUUACUCGUCAAGUGCCCUCUGCUGCACCCAGCAAAGGCAAAGUUUUACCGCAUUGUCCUCGACGAGGCGCAGUGCAUCAAGAACAAGGACACGAAAACUGCCAAGGCGUGUACCCAACUGCGAGCAACGUACCGAUGGUGUCUCACAGGAACCCCCAUGAUGAACGGAGUCCUGGAGCUCUACUCGCUGCUGAACUUCCUCAGGAUCAAGCCGUACAGUCAGUGGGAGGAGUUUCGCCAGGCGUUUGGUAUUCUCUUUGGUCGGAACGGCGAUCCGAAGAGCGUUGCAAUGAAGAGACUGCGAGCGCUUCUCCAGGCCAUCAUGCUUCGACGCAAGAAGAAUUCAGAACUCGAUGGGAAACCCAUCCUGAAGCUCCCCGAGAAGACUGAAGAAAUUGUCUAUGCGGAACUGUCGCCCGAGGAACGUGACUUCUACGACCAGCUGGAAAAGAAUGCCCAGGUGCAGUUCAGCAAGUACCUCCGCGCUGGAAGCAUUGGAAAGAAUUACUCGAACAUCCUGGUCCUCUUGCUGCGAAUGCGUCAGGCAUGUUGCCACCCACAUCUCAAUCUCGAUGUGGACGACGCGGCCCCAAACUCGACCAUCUCAAACGAGGAGAAGGAAGAGUUGGUCAGAUCUCUGGAUCGGGCCAUCGUGGAGCGAAUCAAGGGUAUUGAGGGCUUCGAAUGCCCCAUUUGCUAUGAUGCUGUCCCGUGUCCCAGCUUCUUCAUCCCUUGCGGACACGACAGCUGUAGCGAAUGUCUUGUUCGCAUUGCCGAGAAUGCCUCAACCCUUAAUCUGCAGGAAGGGAGUGAGAGUAGCCGGGCUAAGUGCCCCGUGUGCCGCGGCCCAUUCGACCCCAGCAAAUGCUUCUCCUACGACGUCUUUCAGAAGAUUCACAUGCCCGAAUCAGUCAAGGAGAAGCCUGACGAAGAGGGUCAAGACGAGGACGACUCAUCAGAUGAUUCUUCAGAAUCAGAAUCGGAUUAUUCCUCAGAUGAUGAGAUCGACCACAAGGGAAACCUGAGGGAUUUCAUCGUUAACGACGAGUUCUCGGACGAGGAAGAUACCAAGAAACCAGCAAAGGCCAAAAAGAAGAGCAAAGAUAAGGGCAAGGGCAAAGGAAAAGGCAAGAAGAAGGCAUCUGAUAUCAAGCCUUCGAUGCUCAAGACCCUUCGCAAGGAGGCUUCCAAGAACCGUGAUGCGUACAAAAAGUACAUGCGAUACUUGCGCAAGACGUGGGAGCCGGCGGCCAAGGUGACGGCAUGCAUGGAUCUGCUGAAGCAGAUCAACGAAACAGGAGAGAAGACGAUCGUCUUUUCCCAGUGGACUCUGUUGCUCGAUCUCCUUCAGGUGGCCAUGUCUCACGAGAAGCUGGAAAAGCCAGAGAGAUACGACGGGUCCAUGUCGGCCACGCAUCGCAACAUCGCAGCCCGCAACUUCCGGGAUCGAAAGGACGUCAAGGUGAUGCUGGUGUCUCUCCGAGCUGGCAAUGCAGGUCUGAACCUGACGGCAGCAUCACGAGUCAUCAUCAUGGACCCCUUCUGGAACCCGUACAUUGAGAUGCAGGCGGUUGACCGUGCCUACCGAAUCGGCCAGCAGAAGGAGGUCAAGGUGUACCGCAUUUUGACAAAGAAGACAGUCGAGGACCGAAUUGUGGCCCUACAGAACCAGAAAAAGGAGAUUGUUGAAGCAGCCCUUGACGAGAACGAGGGCAGACAGAUCGCGCGUCUGGGUACGAACGAGCUCAAGUUCCUCUUUAAUACGCGCUGA